UAAGCUGCCCAAGGAGGGAGGAAGAAGGGAGAGAGAAAAAGAUAGGAAAUGCAAAUGAUAAACAUAAUUUGACAAAAUGGCGAGUAUUGGCAUUUCCAUUCACCCAAAUGGCAUCUCCUUGAAAAAUUCCUCUGUUAAAUGCCAUCUUUUUUCUGCUCGAAAACUUCAGUUAUCUUUCCCAAUCAACUGCUCUGCUGUUGGGAAUGGAUUGGAGAAAGAAAACUCGUCUCAAUUCAAAGAACUUAGGAAUGUUGCAUUUGGCCUCCUGGCCACGUUGGCAGUCACAGCUGCCUCGCCUGUAAUAGCUGCUAACCAGAGACUUCCUCCACUUUCGAACGAUCCCGACCGUUGUGAGCGUGCAUUCGUUGGUAACACAAUUGGUCAAGCAAAUGGUGUAUAUGACAAGCCCUUAGAUCUCCGCUUUUGUGACUAUACAAAUGAAAAGUCUAAGCUCAAGGGGAAGUCUCUUACAGCUGCUCUCAUGUCAGAUGCUAAGUUUGAUGGUGCUGACAUGACCGAAGUUGUCAUGUCCAAGGCUUAUGCUGUUGGAGCUAGUUUCAAGGGUACUGACUUCACAAAUGCAGUCAUAGAUCGCGUUAAUUUUGGCAAGUCCGAUCUAGAAGGAGCUGUGUUUAAGAAUACCGUAUUAUCAGGGUCCACUUUCGAGGAGGCUAAACUAGACGGUGUCAUAUUUGAGGACACCAUUAUUGGUUAUGUUGAUCUUCAAAAGAUCUGUCUUAAUAAAUCUAUCAGUGAGGAAGGAAGAGAUGUACUUGGGUGUCGAUGAAGCUAAUGUCCUCCUACCUAUGCUCUCUCUCCCGAGAGUCUCUACCCCGUUCUCUUUUCAACAAUUUUGUGUGAAGAAAACAAGUAUGUUUUAGAGGUAAUUCAUAUACUCGAAUGUAUAUUUUGUAAUUGACAGUUUAUGAUGAUUUGUUCUGUAUAAUAGUGAUGCACUUAUCUCUGAUAAAAUGAAGAAGUUCACAUUAAUCUCCAUUUCUUAA